AUAGAUUUGCCUAAAGAAAAUAUUUCGUUAUAGACAGUGAAAUAUGAAAAUCAAUGAACGAAACAGUCGGAUACAAGAGAUAUGAGAAUAUCACCUAAGUAAGAUUACUGUAUUUACGGCUCUAACAAUGGCGGAUGCUCUUGCUAAGGUAAUGAGAAGAACCCAGAAGUACGACAUCCUAAAAGCCCAACGGCGUUUCUCACUUGAGUCAACAGAUGCCUGGGUAACAAUCCACAAUCUCAAACUAGCCAGUGAUGAAGGCAUACUUGAUCCUGGUGAUCGGUUAAGUAAUGCAGCUGAUGAUAGAGAACAAAUAAUUGCCAUAUAUGAAGAGCAGGAUCCCCCUUUUCCAUCUCAUAAUGGAGGAGAUGGUAUGAGUACUAGCUCUGUAAUAACAGAAAGUCCUCAUAUCUUCAGGAGAGGUGAAGAUAUUCAUUCUAAAGAAAAACAGUCGUACAGUAAAAAUGACAUAGAGAACACAGCAGAUCAUAUUUCUAAUGGUGUAACAGGUAUUCAUGUACAUAGAGGAAGUGAGCCAGCUCUUAAUUGUCUUUCACCCAUUUCCAGCAAUCCAGAUCCAAGUAAGAGGUGGUCUACUACAGUCAUUAUGGACUGUGAAACGUGUAGAACCUCAAGAACUCUACCAGAUGAUGACCUGAUUCAUUCUGUGAAUGAUUUACCUUCUGGUCCUGCUGAUAGCAGUCAGAAAGAAGAAAAACUUGGAUUUGUAAGAGCCAGUCAAGUGUCAGGAAGAUUGUCCAUGUUAGGUAGUGGUUCUGACAUCCUGCAUUGGGAAGAAGCAGCAGACAGACAGCUGCUUCGGUUGCAAGACAUCAGGAAGGAACCAUUUGGUGGCCCAGAAGCACCACCUGACCAGUUAGAAGACAGAGAUAAUGAAUCUUCAGGUGGCAGCAAAGAAAGAGAAAACACCAUUGUCUUAAAAAAUGAAUCUGGUCCUUUAGGAAUUUCUUUUUUUCCACAUUAUGACACAAAUGGAAGGGACUGGGGAUUAGUUGUUCAAGCAAUUGAACCUGGUGGUAGAAUUGAUCAAGAUGGACGCUUUCAUGUGGGAGAUCAUAUCAUUGAUAUCAAUGGACAAAGCUUACUUCAUGUUAGUCCUAAAAAAGCUCAGGAAAUAUUCAACGAUGUUCUACAAGAACCGGAGAUCAGGAUACGACUGAUCAAGAAUUCAUUGUCUACAUAUUCUACUCAAUUCCCUAAAAAGCUUCCUUUUCCUGUUUAUCCAAAACACAUGUUCCAUAAAGAGAGAUCAAAAGAUGAGAGUGAAAAGGCAGACUUGGUGAAAGAACAGGAACAAGAAGUUUUGAAUCCAAAUUUUGCAACAGUAAUGCCAUCAAUAAAAGUUUCUCCAUUUGUGCCAUUAAGUCAAAAGAAUAUUCCUCUUACCUCAAACACAAGGAAAAUUGGGCGAAAAUUUUCAGUACAACUAACAAAAGGAUCUGAUGGUUUGGGCUUCAGUAUAACAACAAGAGAUAAUCCUGCUGGUGGGAACUGUCCAAUUUAUAUCAAGAAUAUUUUACUAAAAGGUGCUGCAAUUCAAGAUGCAAGGCUGAAGCCUGGAGACAGACUUUUAGAGGUCAAUGGAAUGGAAAUGACUGGUUUGUCACAAGAAGAAGCUGUUGGAAUUUUGAGAGAUAUUCCAUUAGGAGGAACUGUCAAUUUUGUGCUCUCUCGACAAGAACUUGACUUAACACCUAGUUUCAACGUACCUCAAGAAGUACCAUUAGAUAAAGCUGGAGAUGAAUAUGAAAUCUACCCUUGGAAACCCAAAGAUAUUCUGACAUUUGAAAUUCCAUUAAAUAGCAGAGAGUCAGCUGGUUUAGGGAUCAGUGUAAGAGGCAAAACCACCUCAACUGAAAAUGGUCACAUGGAUCUAGGUAUUUUUGUGAAAUCUGUGAUUCAUGGUGGUGUAGCAUCUAAAGAUGGUCAACUUCUCGCUAAUGACCAGCUUGUUAAGAUCAAUGGAAUUUCUUUAUUAAACAUGACAAAUACAGAAGCCAUGAAAGCAUUAAGUUAUGCUAUGGCUGAAGGUGAAGAUCUUAGUGUUGUUCCUGAGGCUAUUAAGCUCACCAUUGCUCGACAAAAACAUUCUGAUAGUGAGACUGUUGAUCACGUUUCAUCAUUCAGUCAAAAUAAGUUAACCCUUAAUAGUACCAUUGGAGAUUCUGGCAACAGAGGUGUCCUGGAAAUCCAAACUAAUCCACUAGAAAAUGAAACAUUCACUCCAGUUAAUUCUCGAAGUGGAAAUUCAGAAAGUAAAUUUAUGUUUGUCCCCAGAUUAAGUACAGAUGGAAAUAAUAACACAGAACAUUUAAGUAUGAGCAUAAAAGAUGCUAAACAACAAGGUAAAAACUCAAUUAUUGGCCAACUGAUAAGCCAAGGGAUUAAAGCCAGUGCAUUUUGCAAUAAGUCUUACCUGGGAACAAGUCAUGAAAAUUUGGAUGGCAAUCAACUUCAGGCAUUAUAUGGAGAGAAUAUUUUCCAGAAUGAUGUAAACUAUUCUCCAACAGUUAAUUUACCAGUUUUUGAUUCUGUGAUGAUAAAAGGAUUGUAUGAAAAUCCAGCUCAACCUAAGUCUGCAAUUGAAGCUACAAUAGCAGAAGACUUACUUUCAAGCCUAACGAAAGAUACAAGUUUUACAGAAGAAAGAAAAAAUGAGGAAAAUGGAAGUGAAGGUAUUUUGGAAGGCAAAGAAGUGGGCACAAAUAGUCAGGCUUUGAUGGAUGAUGAAAGUCAAUUCACAUUGUCCCGAGAUGGAUUUGGCCGUCAAAGUAUAUCAGAAAAACGACAUGCUCAGCUAGAUGCUCACAAUACUGAUACAUUUCAGCGUAAUAAAAAGGCCCGUGAAGAGCGAGAGAGACUGAAACAGCUGCAGGCUGGAGAAAAACAAAUUUCACAGUACAAACAGGAGCAGGAACAAUAUCAGCAACCAAGUCUUAAAGAACAAAGUCUUCUGCUUCAUGAAAUUUGUGUUAAUAAAAAACAAGAGAAUGUACCCUCUUGUAGAGAUUGUAUUAACAGCAGUGAGCCACAGAUGAAGCAUGGUUUUUUCAUUGGAUUAAGGAAGUCCAGUAGCUUGGAAAGUCUCCAAACUUUAGUCCAUGAGCUGCAUAAAGAAGAUAAGAAACAAACACUGAUCUCUCGCUUUCUCACAGGCAAAGUAGCACGAGCACAUGGCUGCAAUGAAAGCUUAAGGACUGCAAGUGACCACUCAUGUGAAGAACUUAUCACCAAAACUAGGGAAAACUUGGCUGAAGAAACUGACACUUGCAGCUCUAUAGGUUCAAAGGUUCAUACACGACCAGCACCUACUGGAAAUUUUCACCCCAUCCCUGCUACUAGUGACCUUGUAGGUGGACAACAAAAAUUGAGCAAAGCAACAAAGAAAAAAAGUUUCUUAAAGGGAUUGGGCUUAGUUUUUAAGUUUGGAAAAAACAAAAAAUUGGCACAAGAACAAAGAAGUAAAUCUUUCAAUGAAAGAAAUGUAGAUGAAGAAGAAGAAUCACAAGCAUGUCGAGUUUCUUGUGAAAAACAAGAAAGGAUACAUAAAGAGAAACAAAGACAAGAACAACAAGUGACAUGCAGUAAAGGACCCUUCAACCUAGCAAAUAACAUUUCUCUUCAGAAUAGGCAAAAGAAAGUGCAUAAACUCAGAACUUGCCACCAACAACAUCAAGAGCAAAAAGGCUAUUAUCCUGGGCACGAAGAAGUGGUUGAUCUAAAACCAAGACAGAAAACUGAGACUGCCCACAGUAGAAUCAAUGAUUUGGGCAUCUAUAGGGAGAUGGAAAGGCUAGAAGGCAGGGAAAGUUUGGCUACCUCAAACAAGUACAGCCAUUACAUGAACUACAAGGAAAUUCAGCAGAAUGUGCACUUAUUCAGACAUCAACCUCCACAUCCACAGACGAUCAAGUUCUCUCCUGUGGGGCGAAGAAACAGACCAGCGUCAAACUUCUUUGAAUAUGAAAGCAUGCAGUUUCUUCAGCAAGUUGAUUUUCAGCAUCAUACAGAGUCUAAUACUAACUCUUUACCUCAUCAUUCCAAUCAAUUUGUUCACCAAAAAAAUAGAACCUCCUAUAUCCAUUCCAACUAACCAACACUACAGAAAACACCAAGUGCAUUCCUUCAAGCCAAUCACAUGGGCCUAAUAUUUGUCCCAUUUUUUGUUUCAAGCCAAUUAUCGAGUGGCUCUGUGAUCAAGGUCCUUGAUCCAAGGUUUAACACAUAUACAGAUUUUGCUAAUACGUUAAAAUGUUUAGAAAUUUAUAUCCGGCAUAGGAGAGGUAAUGUCUGUAAGUUAUGUACAAGGAUUCCAACUGUUAGUCAGCUAUAGUUUAGAAAAAAUAACCAAAACUAUUAUCCUCUUUAAGGAAAAAAAGUGACCAUUAUCAAAAUAAAAAACAAUUAUUGGACCUCAGCUACCAUAUUUUACCAGCUUCGUGUGGCAAUGAAGAUUAUCACAAGCAUUACUUACAUUCUCAACGAGAAGAAAACUAUUUAUCCAGUCACAUAUCAAAAACAAAUAAACCUAGUUUUUUUGUUUGAACUUAUGCAGUAUGAUCCAAUUUGAAGUUGCACACAUUAUUGUACAAUUUUAGUUGAUCAAAAUGUAUUGUGAAUUCUUGCUAUUUAAACUGGAGAAUAGAAUCAGUGUGCUAUUAAGCAACUUUUAUUUCACAUGUACAGUAACUAAUGUCAGUGACCUCAAUUCUGUGUUCAUAACUGUAUAGAAUCUUGAAUUGUAAUUAUGGUUUGUGACCAAAGGAUCUCUCCAUUUGUUGUUCCUCUCUUGAUGCAAGUGCUUAAGGUAAAUAUUAACUGUAAACCUGAUUAACUAAGAAACUUAUUAACUGCUUUGUACAUAGAAUGUACAAAAUAUGCAGUUUUAUAAAAAUGUUAAUUAUUACAGUAGUUAAAUGUAGUAUUUCAUACUGUUUAAUUUCAUAUUUUUUAGAUAAUUAAAUUUUACAUGUUUUUUUUGUAUUAGUAAGUUUAUUUUGGUACCUAAAUACAGAUACAUUUCAAGCUAUGGUUGGUAAUUAUUGAAAGUUUUAGCCUCUUUGUGUAUCAACUGUCAUAGUAAUUGAUAGUUAAAAGAAUUUUUAUCAUUUUAAAGCCUACCCAUUUUUUUUUGUAUUCUGAGCCAC